ACUUCCAUAUUGCUGUUCAGAGAAAAGUACACUUUUUUUUCUUUUUUACCUUGCCGUUCAGAAAAAAAUACACAUUUUUUUUUUUUUUUUUACUUGGCUGUUCAGAACAAAGCGGCCAUUUUGUUUACUUCACCUUAGCAUAUUCCAUGUUGGUACGUGUUACCUUUUUCAUUUCCCCCAACCCAAACGCGGACUACAUCCAGUUAUCUGGCCAGAACAAAACGCACUUUUCAUUUACCCCCUCGUGGUGAAUGCUUUUCCUUUGACCCCCUUUACCCCGUUAACAACUCGUUCCAACCUUGUUUCUGUACUUUUCGGCAACGCAACUUGGCGUGGCAGGGUGUGGGCGCCACGCAGAGUGUAUUUUCACUGAAAGGACAGAGUUGCUGGCCGUUUCCGGAGUUAUAACCGUGGUUCUUCUCCCCCCGCCGGACGUUAAUGGAGAAUUAUUCGUACGGCUCUGGGGCAGGGAAAAUGAUACCGUCAGAACAGAGACUCAGCAACGUACCAAGCAAGAACGCGUAUGAGCAGAGCGGCAGCACGAGCCUGCGCGAUGGGACGAACCUGCUCGACGACACAAACCUGCGCAACCCCAAGGACCACGCCGCUUACAAUUUGUACGAACACCCUGGGGGGAUUAACCUCGCGGACCAGAAUGGGUACGCCCUAGAGGAGACUACUCCCUACUACGGCCAUGGAGAAGUAAACACCACCCCCUCGAUGAAUCUAUACCACGGUGGAGACAUGUACGUAGGAAGUGCCAACGACAGUAAAGACAUGAUGGCAAAGCCAAAUAACACCUUCAAUGUGGCAGGAGCUAUACCAUCUAAAAGGGCACCAAAUUAUGACUAUAUAAAUCCUGCGCUAAAUCUCCACCAAGGGAGUUACUAUAGCCCAUACCAAGUGAGUAACAACUUUAUCCCCGGCAGCGAAAAUGGGAAGUACCAACUGAAGAGCGAAAUGGAUGGGGGGGGGUAUGUACUUCCGGAGAUGAGCACAAAGAUGAGCACACAGAUGAGUAACUCCUACGUGGUGAACGUAAACAGUAGCAGCAAUGUGAAUGGCAAAAUUGGGCUCAAUGGCAUUAAUGGCUAUAUCGAUCCAGACAGCUACACCAAUUUGUAUGAACACGGGGGCGGAAAUAAUAGUGUGCCCAUGAUGAGUGGCAUCGCCAGCGCCACACACCCCAGUGGAGUGGGCCACCUAAAUUAUGAUCUGCUCAUGCAGAACUACCACGCGCCGUUGUGCAAUAAUGUAAACAGUGUGAGCAGCGUGAGCAGCGCCCAGAACCUGGUCAGCAUGGGUUACCUGGGCGGUUUGGACGGUUCCCCUGUGCAGGCCCAGCCGUACGGCGCGAGUUAUGGGGAGGCCCAUUUUGGAGAUCCCUAUUUAGAGGGAGCCCAUUUUGAAGGUGCCCAUUUUGGGGGUGCCCAUUUUGAGCCGCUCCCCAAGGAGUUCCCCCUCCUGUAUGACAACCACAAAGGAGCGGACCUGAUAGACGAGCGGGAGGGGAAAUUCUCAAAGCUUAGAAGCAACACCCACGCAGAGGGCAGCCAUACCCACAAACACCCUCCAGAACAGUUGCAGGCAAUACUCUGUCUACAAAAGCUGGAGGAAAUUCCCACCCCUUUUCUGAACCUCAAAGACAUAAAAUAUUCCGUGAGCGUUUACUUCAAUUCAUAUGAUGAUAUUCUGCAAAAGUACCAGUCCCAAUUUUACAACUGUAAGUUGAACGAAUCGAAUACGUAUGCAGAUUGUGACUUGAAAAACGAAAUCAUAAAAUUGCCCUUUAACAAUGAGGAGUUCAUUUACCUAAAGGUGAUAGAGACGUCAGUGUACAAAACGGAAGUGACGGGUCGGCUGCAGCUAAAGGUGAAGUCUCUUUCGCAGGAAUAUCCAUUGAGGAUCCCUAUAAUAGGAGAUGAUGGGAAUUCCAAAGGAUUUUUAAUUAUGAAUUUUUUUAUCACUUCAUCUUACUAUGAUGUAAAAAAUGACUUGCUCAUAACUGACCUGGCGAGUUUGCCAAGUCGGGCCAAGUCUACAAGGAUAAGGAGAAAAAAUAAUGGCUUCCACUUUUUCGAAAACUUCACCAAGUGGUGUUGCGAAAUAACGGAUCAUCACAUGAACUAG